AUGGUUGAACUCAAUGAUAAUAGCGAUGCUAUCAAUGAUAAUGUUGAUAAUGGGAUGAUGUGUGAGGAUUUUGUUCACAGCGGACAAGUCUUCGUCACCCUCCGAAACCCUGCUCAUCCACCACUAAUCAUACGCUGCAUCAGCGGUUUGCGUCUUUAUGACCUAUGUCUUAACGACUGGAGCGUGACCUCGAACAUACCUCACGGUAGUAUUCUCGAGAAAGACGCUGAAGAUGUGAACACCCAUAGUUGUUUAUGUUCGUUGAUGUUCACAGGAACAGAUGCUAAGUUACAAAGAGCAUGUGAAUUUACUCUUUAA